GACUGAAACAAUCUCAGCGUCAGUAGGCGUACUAAAACAGAAAAGUUCUGACUGGAGAGUGGCUUUAACGGCAAUUAAUACCCCACCACCUCGAGUCAGCCGAUCAUUUCUAUGCAAAAUAAAAUUAUUCGAAAAAACCUCAAAAUCAGAUAUGGUUGAAUUUAACCAUGUUUCUGAAAAUGCGAUUAUAUCCGAAUCGAAGGAAGUGCUGGCCAUGAAAAGAUUUUUGAGUUUUGAAAUGAGACCUCUGACAUUCUGAUAAUGAAUAGAGACUUGGUCAGAAGAAGAAGUUAGUUUUUUGGGGCAGAAAUGGUACCCUGUAUUGAAGGGACUGGAAGGGUGACAGGCUGGUUACGCUUUUUUGGCUUGAACUCGUGAACAAUCAUGUGUGGAGGCCAAAAUUUGGGAUCACAAAUGAUUGGGAACAUAUCAUGUGAAACAUUUAUUUUGAAUGAUGAUAUUUCACGAGGAGUGGAGAAAUUAAAUUUAGUAAUUGACACGCUAGCAGAAGAUUUGCUAGCAAUAUAGGCUGCCAAUGACUCAGAGGUGGUGUCAGACGAAAGUCGAGACACAAAAACUUGCUUACGAGGGGCAACAACAGUUAACGUAGGCGCUGAUGGGGCUGCAGGGAGAACAGGAUUUGGUGGGGCUAAAGAGGCACCAUGAUUGUUUUUAACAAUCUGGGCAAGAUUGCGCGCAGGUAUAUAACUGGCGCCGGCGGCAUCGAUUAUGAGAUCGUUCUGCUGGCCGUCAGCAGCGUGUUCAAGCGGGAUCCGUCCCAGGUCUGCUCACUGCGCGUGCUGGAGGCGGGCCUAAAUAUCUGCGAACUUCUCAUCGAGAUGGGCGUCCUAAAGCUGGGCGAACAUGCGCAUGAGAUAUCGAUGGGCAUAGCACGACGUGCACUCCAGGUGCUGGGCUGUCCCCAUGGCUGCAAUGAUGGUGUUCGCGGUCCGCCCGCUGAUUUUCUGCGCAAUCAGAGCUAGAAGAUUAUCGCGCGUAUGUUGCGGAAGGGAUGGGCAGCGCACCAAGCACUAUCUAUAUAGAUAGGCACGCUUAAUCCCGAGAUAUCCUCCACAUUCAUGCGGCACGCCUCGCUGAAGAUUCAACGGGGUCGUU